AUUGAAACGUUUAGCCUGUUAGCUUAAGUAACGUUCCGGUUAGCUACUAGGAAACAGAGUAGCUGUGUAGUAGUAGCCGUGUAGUAGUAGCCGUGUAUUCAGAACCCCGUUUAGGCCUUUGGUCUUUUAUUAAAACGUUAUCGAGAACGAACACUUAAAACAUUUACCCUUUUUCCUCGGCUACUGCUCUUCGUGGUUUCGUAGACAAUAAUGCACUAUAAUUGUUGUUUCGAGUGAUUUACACCUAGAUUAGAAGGCGUUAUCACUGGCUAUUAGCGAGCUAAAAGUUACAAACUAUGUUACCUAUGGCGACAGGCUCAAAAACCUCAAAGUACCCGAGGAAAGAUGGAGGCGCCACCUGUUACUGUAAUGCCUGUCACUGGGGGCACAAUUAACAUGAUGGAGUAUCUGUUACAAGGGAGUGUGUUGGACCAGGCCCUGGAAAGCCUCUUGCAUCGCCUUCGAGGUCUGUGCGACAACAUGGAACCUGAGACGUUUACUGAUCAUGAGUUGGUUUACCUUCUCAAAGGCCAGCAAGGAAAUCCCUUCAUUUUGCGUGCCCGCCGUUCCCUCUCCCACCCAACUGCUCCAUGGCACCUACGCUACCUUGGCCAAUCUGAAGUGGGAGACAAGAGUCGCCACGCUUUGGUACGCAACUGUGUUGAUGUUGCUGCCACUCACAGCCUUCCAGAAUUCCUCAAUGAGAUGGGCUUCCGCAUGGACCAUGAGUUUGUCAGCAAUGGACACAUAUUUCGUAAAGGUGCAAUGAAAAUUGUGGUCAGUAAGCUGUCACGCAUACUUGUACCAGGGAAUACAGAAAACACUGAGCAUCUAUCACUUUCAUACCUGGUGGAGCUGAGUGUGUUGGCUCCUGCAGGACAAGACACUGUGUCAGAGGACAUGCGCAGCUUUGCUGAACAACUCAAACCCCUGGUUCACUUGGAAAAGAUUGACCCUAGCAAACAGAGACAUUAGCCAGUUUUCCACAAAAAGGAACUUUCCCCGGGUGACUGGGAACCUUGGGAGGGACUCCAUGAGUUUCCACCAGAGGAACCAGGUCUAAGUCAACUUCUGAGGGAAUUAUUUCACUCUCAAAAAAGUUCCUUCUCAGGGCAGUAUAUUUUGAAAAUUCAGUAACAUUGGUGUUGGGGCUUGCAGCAUUGAACAGAACUGAUUGGCAGCCUCCUUGCACUAUUUUAGUUAACUGCCUGAGCUAUAGCUGAUGUUAUAGAGAGGGAGGUUGUUUUCAAGUGGGAUAGUUUUUGAAUGAAGGGGGGUGGAGGGACUAAACAAAGUGGUGAGUUAGAGGAAUAAAAUAUUUUCUUUUUGUAUUGUCUCACAACGCUUAUGUUCUAAAGCAAAAUUAAACAUGGUCACACUUUUAUGAAGGAAAAGCCAUGUCUGAAGUUCUGGAAUUUCCAGAUUUUGUGUGAAUGGAAGCAAAGAUUCAUCCUGUCCUCUGUGGCUGCUUUACUGUGUGCUUCAAAGAGACACUGACCUGCAGGUAUGACACAAAGAGCAGGGAAAAGAGACAUAGACGCCUAAUAUGUAACGUCCUCAUUAUCAACUAUAAAGCCCCACUUUUAAAAACACCUGUCACUUCAUCAAAGAACUAAUGUGCAUAACCAUUGUAUGUUCUUUUUGUUUGUUUGUUUUUUAAUAAAAUAAAAAAAG